AUGACCUCUGGAGCGGCGCAAUGUGAUUGCGUUUUCGACUUUUAUUCAAAUAAUAUUGCAAGCCAAAUAAAUCAAUGUAACCCGGAUUAUUCUUGUAAUAUCAAUCAUCAUAGAGAUGAUAACACAUGUAAUUGGAAUAUUGACUAUCCUAAGAAGUUCUCAAGUUGGCAUUAUUCAAGAAAUUAUCAUGAAACAUCAUUCCCUAGUUCUAAAGAUUCUGGAAUCAAGUCAAAUACUAUGCGCUCGACUUCCAUGAGUACAGAGCAUUUAAAUGAAGAUUUGGUAGUCCCAAAUGGAUUAUAUCAAAAGCCCAUUGUAUCAACUAAUUCUUGUUCAGAUGCAGAUUUCCUUUGUUCUUUGGAAAUCGAUCGACGUCAGGAUCAUGAGAUUACGGAAUGUAACAAAUGUAUAAAAUAUCAGGCAUAUCACCACGAAAAUUUACGUACGUCUUCCGGACAUACACAAUCUAACAUCAGCUCAGAUUCCCACCCAUUGGUUAUUUCUAACCCCAGCGCUGUUGCAGAAACUUACGAUUUAUCUGAUCAUAGUCGUGAUUCGUCUUGUCCUGACGAUCAUUUCGAUCGUAUGGUGCCUUCUCGAAUUGAGUUACCUAACAUUUGCUAUGAGUUAGGAGAGGAUGGACACACUAAGGCAGUAGAGGAAAUUGAAAGCUACUAUGGAGGACGUUUGAGAACCCAACGCGCUGCAAGGAUUAUACAAAAUGCCUAUAGAGACUAUCGUUUGAGAGCGGAAUACGCACGAUUGAAGCUAGAAAAAGGAAUCGGUCGUAUACGAGAAAGGAACUCAAGCAAAAUCGUCCAAAACAAAGCUAAUUCUGAUCACAUUCUAAACAAAGGUGACUGUGCGAUUUCUGAACCUACAGAUGACGUUGAUGAUUUGCUAAUCGAGGGAGCAUAUGUUGACUGGUCACCAGAAGCAGGUGUUAGUCAGACUGAGUUACCAAAUCCAAUUAACAAUGAAACACAUUUGAUUGACUGUAUUUAUCCUAAAACUCAUCCUCAUAUUUCACAGUCUUGCACAAUUCCUCAUACUGAUAGUUUACCGACAAUUUCUGAUUCUCCUAGUGUUCCCAGUUAUUUGUCUCCUGCUAAUGCAAAGUCUAGUAUCAAUAGUCAAAAUUUAAGGAUGUGUAAUCCACAAUUGAUGCAUUUUUCAGUUCCAAACUCAUCUCUAAAUUACAAUAAUGAUCUCAUUCAGAUACCUAGUGAAUAUUUCUGCAGUCCAUCUACUAAACAGUUAACAGUAUUUAAUAGUCCUCAUCCACAAUGGGUCAGUUCUCUUCCUAAUCAUUUUGAUCUCUGUUCGAAGACUCAGGUUACUACUACCUGCGAACAUUGUUCUCGUACUCGUCAACCUAAUCUAACUCAACAUUUUGGUGUUGAGUGUAUUCCGAAAUUCGGUGAUAUAUCUCCGGGUGUAGCAGGUUCAUCUGUACAUAGAGUUCGUUACAAAGAGUGCUGUUUACCAUCCAGUAUUCCGAACCGUUCAAGCUUUCGUAACAGUUGUUGUCCUUAUUGUGUGACUGUUCCAAAUUUGAAGGUUACCUCUACUGCAAACAAACCACCUGCUUUGGUUUGUAUGCCUGCAUCUAGAGCUAUCAUACCACCUCAACUUUGUAAUAAUAGUGGAUGUCCAGGAAUUCCUUUCCCUAUGGGAAAAGUAUACAAAACACCAACAGUUAUUUCAUCCUGUGUCCCUUUGAACAAUGAAUUACUGCAGUUGCACACGACGCAGUUAAUAAAUAAUGUUCCACAUGUUCCCUUACACCAUCUGGGGUCUCUUAAUAUUAAUAAGAAUGAUUCUUCUCAAAGACAACAUCCAACACAUGUGUCUUGCGGAGGCAAUUGUUAUCAUAUCCCUAAUUCGUGUCAGUUACACAUGCAUCCUUCAUAUCUUCCACAUAACUUACCAAGUCAGACUCUUCAUCCAUCUAUUGUAACUCCAUUUUCUCAUAGAAAUCCCUGUAUAAACCGACUACCCAAUUCUCAUGAGAAACGUAGAAAACGAACUUAUCGUAUUGGUUUAAACAUAUUCAACAAGUCACCUGUAAAAGGGAUUGAUUUUCUAAUUAAGAAUGGAUUUUUGGAGAAUUCUCCACAGUUGAUUGCUCGUUUUCUGUUAACCCGUAAAGGUUUAAGUCGGGUUGCCAUAGGUGAAUAUCUUGGGAAUACAAAGAAUGAAAUAGCCAAGUUGACAACGCGACAAUUUAUACGAGAAUUAAAGUUUCGGGACAAAGAAGUUGAUGAAGCAUUGCGUAUAUUGUUGGGAUGUUUUCGUACACCAGGUGAAUCACAGAAAAUUGUUCACCUAUUGAAUGAAUUUCAAUCAGCUUAUGUAGAACAGAAUGCAUCUCUUGUGAAGUCACAAUUUAGGAAUUCCGAUACUGUUAUGAUAUUAGCAUAUGCAAUUGUAAUGUUACAUACAGAUAUGUAUAGUCCAAAUGUUCGACCACAAUCAAAGAUGACAAAAGAAGAGUUUGUAAGAAAUUUGCGCGGUGUUGACUCUGGUGAAGAUUUAGAUCGAGAUUUUCUGCUUGGUAUUUACGACCGAAUCAAAUCCCAAGAAAUGUCUGUACAAUCAGACCAUACAGAUCAAGUUCGUAAAAUACAAAAACAUCUAACAGGUCCUCAAAAGCCCCUUAAUCUAUCAGUCCCUCAAAGGAGAUUGGUUUGUUACUGUCGACUUUAUGAGGUUCCAGAUAAAAAUAAACGAGAACGAUCUGGUGCACAUCAACGUGAACUUUUUUUAUUCAAUGAUCUACUUCUUAUUACUAAAAGUGUUCAAAAACGCAGACGUGAUGCAUCAGUUGCAUAUCAAGUACGAAUGACUAUUCAAUUAUUCGGAGUAAAAUUAGUCCCAUUUGAAACUGUUCAUCAUCCUAAUGGUUUAGAGCUACUGGCACCACUUGAACAAAUUCAGAAUGUAGACUGUCAUAGAGAGGUUGGUAUGAAUCAUAUCGUUGAAACACCCAAUGGUCGAGCGCGUAUCUUAAUCACUUUAAAUACAAAAACAAGUUCAGAUCGUGCUAGAUUACUAGAAGAUUUGCAAGAAUGUAUAUUAGAAGUCACAGAGAUGGAGCGUUUAAAACGAGAAGAAAUUUCAAAACAAAAGUAUAAUCAAGUUCAUCAUCAUUGUUUAAGUCAUAAAUCAGGAAAUCAUCCUAAAUCACUUGACAAUUCAGGUGUCUCUUUUAACAUAAAUAAUAGUCAUACUUAUUCUGAUCAUGAUAAUACUUUAUCAUCACAUAUUUGUGCACCUAUAGCUUGUUUGUUGAAUGCUACAGAAACAAGAGUUACAGAACAAACAAAUCAUAUGCCUGAAUUCUGUCAGCAUUAUAAAUUACCAGAUGGGCAAAGACUAAGUGGUGACAGUGGACUAAUGGCUGAUUUGGAUGCAGUAUCUUCUUAA